UCAAGCAUGAUUGGGUUUUUUGGUACAGAGAUCUGGAUCAGUAUCUGCCUCAGGAGCUCCAGUCCGCUGCUUUCAGAGUGUCCAGAGAAGGACUCGGCGAGCAGGACUCACCUCAGCUGAGACUCAACAGGUUCCACUCGCUGCCCGCUCACAGUGACCGCUGGGACAUGGUUCUGUUCACCGGGGGUCCUGUCUGGGCCCUGGAGUGGUGCCCCACGCCCGACGGCGCCCCCGCCAGACAGUACGUAGCUGUGGCGUGCCACGCGGGGAUGGACGACCUGCACCUCGUGACCCAGACCCCCUCAGGACCCGGACUGGUUCAGCUGUGGGACUGUGGAGAGCUGGAGUACAACAGCAGGCCGGACUCCCCCCCGGCUCUGGUCUACGGUCUGGCCCAGGACAGAGGCUUCAUCUGGGGUUUGAAGUGGUGUCCGUCGGGGGCCUGGGAGCCCCCCGCCUCCAGCAGAAAGGCUCCUCACCUGCCCAGGCUGGGUCUCCUGGCCGUGGCGUCCUCCAGCGCAGUGGUCAGCAUCUACAGCCUCCCCCACCCUGAUGCUCUGCUCUGCAGCGACGGGCUGAACACCAGCGGUGAGCCAUCACAGUCACCAGGAGGUUCAAACCCCGCGGUGAACCGCUCCAGUUGUACAUGCAGUCUGCCAGCAGAGGGCAGUGCUGGUUCUGAAGAGGUCCAGGUUCUGACUGCACUAGAAUCCAAACAUCACAUCAGUUUCUGCUUCCAGUUCUGUAGGAUGAAUAAAUGUUAAAGUAAAACACAAUACAUGAGAGAAAAAGAGUUCAUGUUUAAAAUAUCAGUGAUGAUUCCUAAAGUUCUUUUUAUUUUUACAGAUCCGUACAGACAAACACAGUUAAAUAAUCUGACACAAGAAAUGAAGCCUGAAGGGGGUCGGCCAUAUUGCCCAGUGUGAACUCCGCCCCCUUCA